CAACUUGAGUCUACUCUUAUUUUUUACCUUCUGGUAAAAAUGUGUUGUCUUUUCUGGGUUUUAAGAGCUUGUUUUAGUCUAUGAAUUUCUGGGUUCUGUUGCUUUUUUAUGGAAAAUGUGUUAACUUUUCUGGGGUUUUUUUUUGGGUUAAUAGCUUUUUCUGGGUUUAAAGAGCUUGUUUUAUACAGUUAAUUUAUGGGUUUUGUCGCUUUUAGUUUGUUCUUAUGUUAUUUUAAUUUUUGGUUUAAUUUAAAUGUUGGGGAACUUGUGCUUUUACAUGAAAAUGUGGGUUGGUGGUAUUUAAACUGAAAGUCUCUUCCUUUGCAAGCUCCGGUUUUCAAAGCAAUUUCUGAAGAGUUGCUGGAGAAGAAGAGCUAGAGUUUCUUCCCCUUCAUGUUUUUUCUUUCAGAUUUUUUGGUCCACCACAAAAGAUUUUAUUUUUCCCUAUUUUGCUAAGCAUGAAGCUGUAUUCCCAGGGUCUCUCUUUUAAGUUUUUCCUGUUUCAAUUUUUUCUGUAGAUCUGUUGUUCUAAUCUGGGGUUCAUAGAUCUAUGGGUUUCAUUAAUAUAUUGGUUCUGUAAUUUACUAUAAUUUAAGAACACUUCUGAUUGCAUUUUCUAGCAUUGCUGCGUUUCCAAUAAAAUUAUGUCAUAGUUUUUAAUUUGCAGCUAAAUUUUAAGAGAGUGGAUUUUCAUCAAAGAACAGAAAUGGGGUUCAUUUGUGCUCUGCUGGGUUCAGUAUGCCCACAAUUAAUCAGUUAUUACAGAAAGAUCCUCCUUUUGUCAUGAGCACUGAUGCAAAUUAAAAAUUAAGCCACGGCAAUCGCACGUGGUUAUUGUUGUCAUUUUCUAACUCCUGCUGGUCCCUUGUGUCUUAAAUCAUUUUUUGGAAUGUAGUUUAAAGGUGGGAAAAGGAGAAAGGGAAAUUUAAAAAGUUAGCUUGUUUAAUGAGACUCAAUGAAUCUUGCAGCUGCAGCGUUCUUUCUUAUAUAUAUAUAUAUUGAAUAUUAGUGGGAUUGGUUGGUAGUAGUGGUGUUAGUUUUCUGUGGGAUUUCUUUGAAGGCAGGUGUUGUUUGUUUGUUUGUUUGUUAGUUUUUGUACUUUAUAUGGAUCUAAGGUGGCCAUCUUUAGUGAGCCAUUUUUCUUGUGUUUUUUGUGUGCAUAUAUAUGGUAUUCUCUUUGAAGUUUCUUUAUCUCAGCCAAAGAUCGUUUCUCCGAACUGCUUUCAGGGAUUUGAAAGGGAGAUCGAAUUAGGACAACGCAAUCAGCACGUGUAGAUGUUGAAGAUGCAGACACCAAAAGCAAACAGAAUUGGCUCUUUGGAAGUGCCUCAAAGGAGAUCUCCAGCAAGGCCUCGAACUAACAAGACGCCUGGAUCAGAGCCGGAUUCUGUAUCCUCUCCAAAUAUGGCGACUAAGACCCUGAAAAACAGAAGUCCAAAAGUCAAUGAGCGCAUGUCACCACGAAGCCCUGUACCUGAGAAGAAGCAACCGAAAAGAGUGUCAGUGGAAACACAACUUGCUCAACUCCAAGAGGAUCUGAAGAAGACAAAGGACCAGUUAAACACAACUGAGUCGCUGAAGAGACGAUCCCAGCAGGAGGCUGAAGAAGCGAAGAACCAGAUAUUAGCCAUGUCUGCAAAGCUUGAAGAAUCCCAACAGCAACUGAUGGAACUUUCUACUUCUGAAGAUGCUCGUCUUCAAGAGCUUCGUGAACUGUCUCAGGAUCGGGAUAGAGCAUGGGAGUCUGAACUUGAGGCUGUCCAAAAGCAGCGGUCAAUGGAUUCUGCUGCCCUGGCUUCUGCUAUGAAUGAAAUUCAGAAGCUAAAGGGUCAGCUCGAAAGGGUAGCCGAGUCUGAGGACGCUCAAAACAGGCAUGCAGAGUCGGCAUAUGCUGAGAUCCAGACCUUGAGAAAGGAACUUUCAGAAACUUUUUCCCUGGUUGAGAAAUUGAAAGCUGAGCUCAAUGAAUGCAAAGAAUCUGAAUCCCGGGCACUAGAAGUUAUACAAAGCACUCAUAUGCAAUUGGAAGCGGCAAAUGCAACCAUAGAAAUGCUCAAAUUGGAUGGGAUUAAAGCCACAGAGUCUUGCAACUCCUUAUCAUUGGAGUUGGAGCAAUCCAAUGCUCGUGUUAAAUCACUGGAGGGUCUUGUGAGCAAACUUCAAGCAGAACUGAUUAAUAGGAAAGGCAAUCAUUCGGUAAACUCUACAGACAAUGUAAAACUUGUUAAGGAAGAUGAAAAUGAAGAAAGAAAACAGUUACAAGCAGAGCUGAAUUCUUUGAAAUCCGAAGUGGGUCAGUUGAGAUCUGCAUUGGAUGCAGCUGAGGUCAGGUACCAGGAAGAAUACAUUCAGAGCACAUUGCAGAUUCGGAAUGCGUACGAGGAAGUUGACGGUGCAAAAUCUGAAGCAUCCGAGAGGGAAGCUGAACUGCUAGCAGAACUGAAAAAAGCGAAGGAUCAUAUUGAAGACUUGAAAGCACAGUUAAUGGAUAAGGAAACUGAAAUUCAGAUUGUAUCAAAGAAAAAUGAUGGGGUGGCCUUGAAAGUUGAGAAAAAUUUAUCAACUGAAGAUGAAUCUGAACUUGAAUUGGAGCUGAAGAAGUCAGAGACUGUAAUGGUAGAGUUGAAGGCAAGUUUGUUGGAUAAGGAAACGGAAUUGCAGAACAUAGCUGAAGAGAAUGAAAUGCUCAAGAUGGAACUAAAAAACAAGGAAAUCGAGAGGAAUAAAGUUAAUGAUGAGGCUGUUGUUUCGGAGGAAGCUGCAAGGGCUGCAGCGGGAGAGGCUUUGGUGAAACUGGGCUAUGUGACUGAGGAAGCAGAUAAAAGUACCAGGAGAGCCGCACAGGUGACUGAGCAGCUGGAUGCAGCACAGGCUGCAAAUUCUGAACUGGAGGCUGAGUUAAGGAAGUUAAAGGUGCAGGCGGAUCAGUGGAGGAAGGCCGCUGAGGCAGCUGCUGCCAUGCUUUCAACUGGAAACAAUGGGAACCUUGUUGAGAGAACAGGUUCUCUUGACAGCAACAACUACAAUCCUAUGAAUUCACCUUAUUCAGAAGACAUGGAUGAUGACUCGCCGAAGAAGAAAAAUGGGAAUAUGUUAAAGAAGAUCGGCGUGUUAUGGAAGAAGGGCCAAAAGUAGUCAGAAUUAUGUGACAAGUUGCUUAUCGUCGCUCACUAUUAUUUUGUUGGAUUCAGUAUGUUCUGUUGUAAUCUUGACAGGUAUUUUGGAGGGUGCUAGGCUGCUAGCACCCGAGUUUCGUGUGGAGUUAAAGACCGACAUUUGCAGACUGUAUAGGUAUGUGGAAACUGGUGAACUUUGAAGAGUCCUUUCUCACAUGAUGUAUCGCUAUGAAAGACUUGGAAUAAUGUUGUAUUUUACUUUGAGCCUUUCCAUUUUAUGUUAAUUUAAAGCACAAUUCAGUUUCAGUAUUGGAUCAAUGCAGUUUGCAUUAUGUUAAUGUUGUGCUAAAUGCA